CAGACAAGCCUAAGAGAUGAAUCUGAAUCUUUGGAAUACCAAAGAUUUAUUUAUGACUCCACCAAAAAUGGGGUCCCAUAAAUCAUCUGGCUGGAACAGCGCUCCCAGUGACCACAACAGUAUGAGUGAUUCUCAGUUCCUUUUUGGCUCCCAGUUCUGCCCAGAGAAUUCACAAUGUGCGUCAGCCCCAGUUGAACUUAGUAUCCAGCAAAGACAGGACAGAGGUUCACAGCAAAAUUCUCAAGAAAAUGAUCGCAGUAUUUUUGCCAAAUACCAGUCUAAACCGCAGCUCUUUGGAAGAGAGGAAAAGGAAAAUGUCUCCAUUAAUAAUCUUGCUGGAAGAUUCAAAGGUGUCUUGGAGCAAUUUGAAGAGAAUAAGAAAAAGAUCAAGGAAAAACAUGAUAAAUAUUACUGUAUAUUGCACACACAAUCUUGUGAGAUUCUCCCAGCUUUGCUUGUCCAUUUGCAUCUGAUUAAUGUACAUAUAAAGUUUGUAAUUUCUGAAUAUUUCCCUUGCAGUGAUAUUUUAAAUGGUUUUAUUUUGAACACCAAAGAGAGUCUUCAAAGGUUGCAGUCCUCCUUCAAUAUGUUAGAAGAAACUCUGAAAUCUAUUUUGAAUGAUUUGGGAAACAUUUCUAAGACAAUGCAAGAAACCUCUCAGUCCCAUUAUGGAUUGUUACUGAAUGCCCUUGGUGAGAAAAAUGAAAUGGGACAGAUAUUACUGGGAAUGGAGAAAAGGCUGCAAGAGAAAGACACAGAAAUCUCAGAUCUGAAGUCUAGCCUUCACUUACUAAAAGAUGGUCUAGAGCAAUUAACAGUUCAGCAGAAGGAGCAACACAUGAAGCUCUGCGAACAGUUGGACCUCGUGAAGCUUUCCAAAAUUCUGAAUGACUUACAAGCAUUCAUUUCUGCACCCAGAGAACCUCACCAUAUCAAGGACAGUGUUUCCCAGACUACUCCAGAUAUGCUCUUGGACCAAUUAUCUUAUAGUUCCCACUUGAAUAUUUUAAACAUCUCUCCUGGAAGCAUUUCUGAAAAGGCUGCCUUAGAAGGUAAAGAAAAUUUCAACACGCAGCAGAAGAGCCAUAUUCUAUCCAGAGGCCCAAAUGCUGACAAAACUACUUGCACCUCUUGCUCCAGUGCAACUCUCCUUACAAAAAGCCAAGAGGGAAACUGGCUACCUACUCAAGAGCCCAACGAAGCUACUCCAGUGAGGAAAGUGAUCCAGAGAAACAACCAAGCCAAAGGAUACAGCACAACCAAAGCUCCACAGCUGAGCCAUCCUCAAAUGGAUAAUGUGCUCAUGCGAAAUCAUGCAGAUGACGGAAAAAGGGAGAAACUAGUCACGGGCAAGAAGAUGAUGAAUAAAGGUAACAGAAACAGAGUUAAACAGGGAAAGCUAAGAUUGUGUAGCCAGAGGAAAAGAACGUACCCCUCCAGGAAAGAAAAUGGUUUGAAAUAUACCAGAGCUAAUGUAAAACAAGAAACAACAGGAAAAGGGUAUGCCAAUGCAGAAUACCCAUGUAGGGGUGCGAGGGAAUCUGAUAGCUUGAGGCCUCUGAUUGUGAGUGAGAAAAAGGUAGGCAAGAUCCAAGACAGAAAGGCACAGAAAUCCAAGCUUGUUCUUCUCUCCCAUGAAAACCAACAGCCCAUGCCCAAUUUCCAUGAGAGGACUGGCACUAAAAAGAGCGACCAUUGUUUCUGCCCCUGCUCCUCUCCAGAAAGUUCCUUUCCCCAAACCCAGCUAAAGUGGCUAGAUCUUUUUGAUAAUUACUCCCUGACAUGCAAUACUCCUGUCCCCAAGAGUGCCACAGCCUGUUGCCAAUUAUUUUUUGACAGUGAGUAUUCUGAUUAA